GAACAAAUCUAUUCGUGAAAGGAGGGAGACGGCACCAAUAAAGGCCAAGCUACUUGUUUUUAUGACCGGUGAUUCGUUGUCCAUUGGUGGUGGAUUUCCAUAGCCAAUCAAGAAAGGACCACUACGCUUCUGCCCAAUAAUUCAACAGAAGCCCUGAUCCACUAUGGAACAAUUUCAAGUUGCUACUACUGGAGGUGCUGUUGUUUCACAAGCAGCUGCCCAAGUAGCAGUGUCUGGGGGCAAUGGAACUAAUGAGCAGGUUGCUGUAAUGCAAGGGUUGCAGAAUGCUGUGCAGGUUUCAGGGGCUCAAGUAGCACAAUUAUCUCCUCAACCACAGGUUCUGCAAGUUGCUCAAGGUGGUCAACCGAUUAUGGUUCAAGGUCUUCCACAAAGUCAUACUAUACAAAUUCAAAGUCAACCUGGGCAACCAGUUCAACAGAUCCAAGUGAUUCCUAUUGGACAAUUAUCUGGUCAACAGGGACAGCCUCAACAA